GUCGUUGAAUUUCAGCUCCCAAUUUCAGAAUUAAACCACGCCGAGGAAUGCAGAGAAAGUACGAAUCACUCAACUGCUGGUAAAGACUAUUAGCUCUCCAACGGAUAAGCCGUUCGGUUCUUGGUGCAACACAAGAAACAGUGACCUAUUUCAGGCACCAGCUUCACAAGGUCAUCUGCUGGUGUCGAAGGCCCCAACAAUUUCGAUAUCUCGGCCAUCGCUACGCAGCGACAACGCAGCAACGUUGCGAUCACAGCAUAAGACGUGAUCUUUUGACCGGCAAUCAUCAACAUUCCGUUAACAGACGAUCUCUUUCACCAUGGGGUGCGACUGUGAAUCAUGCAUAGCGAAAACGCUACUGUCCGUGUUCAAUUUUCUGUUCUUCGUCCUAGGCACAAUCGUACUGGGCGUGGGCGUCUGGCUGGCCACAGAUAAGACGUCGUUCAUAGCGCUGCUAAAGAUGGUCGAAAAUGAUCAGCUCGAGCAUUUCACGCAACCGGCAGUGAUAGAGCAGCUAGCUUAUCUGCUGAUUGUAAUCGGAUCGGUGAUGUUCUUCCUCAGCUUCCUCGGAUACUGUGGAGCGAUACGGGAAAGCCAGUGCCUUCUGACAACGUACGGUCUAUUUCUGUUGGUAAUUCUAGUAGCGGAAGUGACGGCCUUCGGACUAGCCGCGGCGUACAAGGAUCGGGCGCGGACAGAAACCAAAAACUACCUCCAGACGACGAUCUCCAAUUACUACACAAGCAACGAACGCAACCAAACCGAUGCGGUGACGUUAAUGUGGAACUACAUGAUGUCCGAGCUGCACUGCUGCGGUGUUGACGACUACCGGGACUUUGCUCUGUCGGAGAAGUGGAACGAAAGCAAGCGGGAUAAGCUGAUACCGACGGCCUGCUGUGUACAAACGGCCCUUUUCCAGCCACAGGAUAAAAACUGUCCCUUCUCUCCUACCGAAUCGAACAGCUACUUCAAGAAGGGAUGCUACAAUGCACUCACCGACUGGAUCAUGUACAACCGGAACCUGGUCAUCAUCGUUGCCAUUGCGGUAGGCUUGACGCAAUUGUUGGCAAUAUUCUUGGCCUUCUGUCUAUGCAAAUCGAUCGAAAAAUAUCGAGGAAUGCGUUUGUAGACCACUCCGCGCCCGUGUAUUCUCGCAGAGUGGCCCGAUUCGCAGCAUGAUGCUGCCUGCACAACAUCAUCAUUAGCACACCUUUUGCAUCACAGACCCGCGCACGCACCGAAUUGUUGUGCGCGCUCAUUCAUUCUACAGCGCAGGGAAGGGAUAAAACCCCGGAACGGCAAAGUGCACUUUCGACGACAAAGUUAACAUACAACUAGCCCGUUUAUUACAGCGCGAGUACUAUUACUUACGACAGCCGCUACACAUCAUCCACCAGGAAUCUCUUGAAUUGUUACUGUUAAGUCAGAUCGAUGAAAUUACACCCAUCCAUGGAUGUAUCGUUUCACGUUUACGAAUGGGGUAAAUUAAAUUACAUCCGGUAUAGUGGAAGUAUGGAAGUACUACACAUAAAUGCAGUAGUAAGCAAUUGAUUCAUUCAUUUCGCCCAAGCCAUUGUUAGACGUGAAAUCCGUUUUGUGGCGAAUUUCGAUUGAGUUAGAAUGUAUUUCGUAUUUACUCUUUUUUCCGUUAAACUCUUUUGUCGCAUUAAAUAGCGACAUCUCAUUGCUCGAAUUACUGUUUUUUUUCUUCUUUCCCUUCUUGUUAAGUUACGUGUUUUUAAGUGACGAAAAGUAAAAUAUAACGAUAUAUCGUA